AUGAUCUCAGCAAAGCUAAAAUUGACAGUUGAGCGACAGUCAGUACGUGUUGAGCCUAAAGGGAAAGCUAUUGCUGAUGAGAAGCAGAUCAAAGAGCUCGGCCUAUCUGCACAAAAUGCACAGUUGUACGUGCGUGAUCUUGGACCACAAAUUCCCUGGAAGACUGUAUUUCUACUGGAGUACUUGGGUCCUCUCCUAAUCUAUCCUCUCUUCUAUAUUCGCCCUGCAUUUAUCUACGGUGAAGGAGCAGCUGAUCGACCAUAUCAUCUUGCUGUGACCUACGCGUUUAUUUGCUGGUCCUUUCACUAUGCAAAACGUUUGUUUGAAACCCAGUUCAUUCACCGAUUCAGCAAUGGAACUAUGCCCAGAUUCAACCUUGUCAAGGUAGAGAUUCUUUCUUGA